UCGGCGGGUAAAUCCUUCAGUUACUUGCUGCUCAGCACAGCAGCAGCGAAGGCAAAGCAAGAGAUAAGGAUGGUUCUUAAAUGCUAAUGCUUGCAUGUUUUUCUCCUUUAAAUAUAUCUUUUUAGGUCUGAGGUGCAUUGAGACCAUUGUACUUUAAGAAACGUGAUGAUUGACGACUUCGAAACCCAUGCGGUCCGAUCUAGUGGAGAUCUGUGGACUGAGAUCUGCUCCAGUCUGCCAGAGCCUCAGGAACAGGAUGUGGGACUAUUUACAGACUCAUUUGAGCCUUCCUCUCCAGGAAACCCUCAGACAAACUCUCCCAGAGCUUCUUUCAGCCCAUGGGAACCAAUGGCUGACUCUGAGGUUUACAUUGCCAGUUUAGAAAAUCGAUUAAAGAGGAUCAAGGGACAGUCGAAUGACAUAACAUCAAGGGAAAUGCUCCGUUCCUUGUCACAGGCUAAAAAGGAAUGCUGGGAUAGAUUCCUUCAUGAUGCCCAAACCUCAGAACUGUUCCAGGAAGGGAGCUUCGAUCAGAGUGCUCUGGAGCAGUUCAAGCGCUGGCUGUCUCCUGCAAGGGUGGCCAUCAAUGCAGAAGAGCUGGAGUACCUUCUCUUACGCACACAGAACAGCGAGGCUCCUGCCAGCUCAACCCAAACUGACAAGCCAAGUGAGGAGCAUGAGUGCCCAAACCCAGAGAAAUAACCUUAUCACAGCAAUAACCUGUUUGCUGUGCUGACCAGCAGUGCUAGGGGAAUUAAGAGUAUAUGGGGUCUUGUUGUGGACCGCAACUAAAUAUUUUGAUCUAUUAAAAGGAUUAGUUCACUUCCAGUAUAAAAAAUUCCUGAUAAUUUACUCCCCUCCCAUGUCAUCCAAGAUGUUUAUUUCUU